CUCCAGUGAACCUGACAGUUUUGGACUGAGAGACGCUUGCUAUUGGAAAGUAAACGGAGCAAAACGCAUUGUCAUCUGCAAUCACGAAGGACUACGAGCGUUUCAGCUGUGAUUCAGAGUGAUUCUCCAUCAAACAGGUGAACCAUGCGGUCCUUGCUUCUCCUGAGUCUAUGUAUCUGCAUCUCCUCAGAGAUUCACACUGAGCCUGAAAGCAUGAUCAUGGUCAGCAUACCCAUUAAGCUUCCUCUACAGCCUCUGAUGGGUGACACAAUAGUUCUACCCUGCUACUUCCAGGACAACACAGUCAAUGACCCUGGUGCCCCCACCAUUGCCCCUUUGUCUCACCGGAUAAAAUGGAGUCUGGUCACCACAGAAAAGAGCACAAACAUUUUAGUGGCAUCCGAGGGCAUAGUAAACAUAGAAGAAAGGUAUCUGGACAGGGUCUCCAUGGUGGGAUACCCAAUGACACCCACAGACGCCACCAUUAAGAUCACAGAGCUCCAUUCCAACGACUCAGGAGUGUACCGCUGUGAGGUCAUGCAUGGGAUAGAGGAUAAUUAUGAAAUUGUUGAUGUUCAAGUUCAAGGUAUUGUUUUCCACUAUCGUGCAAUCACAACACGAUAUACCCUCACCUUUGAGAAGGCCAAGGCAGCCUGUAUUCAAAACAGUGCAGUCAUUGCCACACCAGAGCAACUCCAAGCAGCUUAUGAUGAGGGCUUCCACCAGUGUGAUGCAGGAUGGCUUGCAGAUCAGUCAGUCAGGUACCCUAUUCAUGACCCUCGUGAGGCUUGCUAUGGCGACAAGUAUGAACUUCCAGGAGUGAGGACAUAUGGAGUGAGAGACGUGAAUGAGACUUAUGAUGUGUACUGCUUUGCUGAGAAAAUGACAGGAAAAGUAGUACACACAACUUCCCCUCACAAAUUCACUUUUAAGGAGGCAGAAGCUGACUGUGCAAAGCAGGGUGCCCAGUUGGCUACCACAGGACAGCUGUACAUGGCCUGGAAGGAUGGCAUGGAUGUUUGUAACGCAGGCUGGUUGGCAGACAGGAGUGUCCGCUACCCCAUCAACAUCGCCCGACCACAGUGUGGAGGAGGCCUUCUAGGAGUGCGUACCGUCUAUCUGUUUCCCAAUCAGACCGGCUAUCCUCUCCCAGACUCCCGCUAUGAUGCUUUUUGCUACUCUGAAAAUAUUGAGGAGAGUUCAGGCCUCUCUGACAUAGGUUCAGACGAGCAGAUUACAACAGAGGUGGACAGUGGUGUGCUGAGCAUUAGCACAAUCACAGACAGGUUCCAGGGCUUUUUAAAGCACACCUCCUCUGAGAUUGAACUACGGGGGGAAGUUGUAACACAUAAACCCUCAGUGACCACCAGUGAUGACUCCUCAUACACUCUGCUAAAUGUUACCCAGCUACAUCUUUCGCCACCUCCCAGUUCCACUGGGGUGAGCACUGACAUUGUGGAAGGGGUCACAAACAGGACUGAUCUUCAGUCAGAGGUUUCCCGUAUGAAUGAAACCGAAGCUAUCAUGUCUGCCACAGGGGUGGUGUUCCAUUACCGCUCAAGCUCCAGUCGUUAUUCCUUUAACUUUGUGGAGGCUCAGCUUGCAUGCCAGAGCAUCGGUGCAGUCAUUGCCAGCCCACAGCAGCUCCUGGCUGCAUAUGAGGCUGGUUACCAUCAGUGUGAUGCUGGCUGGCUCUUGGAUCAGUCUGUCAGGUAUCCCAUUGUAUCUCCACGUGAGAAAUGCUCUGGUGAUUUGGAACAUGUUCCUGGUGUGAGGUCUUAUGGACUGCGUCCUGCUGAUGAACGCUAUGAUGUAUACUGCUAUGUGGACAAACCAAGGGGUGAAAUUUUCCAUGCAAGUUCAUUCGAGGGAUUCACUUACGAUGAAGCAGUGGCUUACUGCCAGGGUCAGAACGCCUCCCUGGCCUCCACUGGAGACCUGUAUGCAGCCUGGAAUCAGGGCUUUGAUAAGUGUCGUGCUGGUUGGCUUCUUGACCACAGUGUACGUUACUCCAUCAAUAACCCCCGGCAUCAGUGUGGUGGAGGGAAGGCUGGAGUUCACACAGUUUACUUGUUCCCCAACCAGACGGGCUCUCCAGACCUGCACACCAAAUUUGAUGCGUAUUGCUUCAAGGUUCAUCUGGAUAUGUCUCUAAAUGAAAGCAAUCCAAACUUAACUGUGACAGAAGAAGUGAUAGUGAACAUCACAUCCUUCCCUAGUCUUUUCAGACCUGUAUUUCCCCCUAUCACUCCUCCCAUCCCUGUGGAAAUGUCUGGAUCUGGCUCUGGCUCAUACGGGGCCAGUGGCACCGACGAUCUAUUGAGCAGUGGAUGUGGGGAUCAAGCGAGUGGGUCAUCUGGUUCCAGUGUAGUCCUGUCAGGAUCUGGGUGCAGUGGUGAUGUUUCAGAGUCAAGUUUCAGCGGUGGUGGCUCAGGCGUCCUUGUAAUCUUCUCAGGAUUUGGCAAAGUUUUGUCAGGAGAUGGAUCUACUUCAGAGAGACCCGAGGAGGCUGAGGAAGGAAGCACAGAGAUCCUCACAUUUCCCUUAGGCCAGGGCUCAGGCCGCUUUGGUGUGGACUUAUCCGACUCAGGAUCAGGGAGUGGGUUGUGGUAUGGCUCUGAGGAGAGUGGAUCUACUUCAGACAUUUCCAGCAGCUCAGGUGAGAGCGUCGAGAUUGGAGAACUUUCCGGCAUCUCCUCAGGAUCAGGUUCCAGUGAGGAGUCCACAGGUUUCAGUGGUUUCUCGUCAGGAGUUUUUCCCUCUGGAGGCUUUAGUGGCAGUUCAUUGAUUGAUGGCAGUGGUGUCAUCAUGGUGGAUGGCCAGUGGGUGAGAGUGUCUACUGUUCCAUCUUUAACAGAACAGGAGUUGGAUGGAAGCCAUGUGGAUUUCAGCGGAUCAGGGUAUAUCUCAGGGUCUGGGGUGAGUGAAGAUUUCUCUGGAAUGAGCGGUGACCACAGCGGCUCUGGAAGUGGUUUAGAGUUUUCUGGACUGACAUUUUUGGGGUCAGGAUUCACUGAUCUCACAAAACAAUCUCGAGAUGAGGAAGUGUAUGGGGUUUUGUUAUUCGGGUCUGGUGAAGGGAGUGGAUUUACAUCUGGCGGCUAUACCAUCGAAUCAGGAGAAAGAUCAGGGGCAUCAGCUAGUGGUGAUAUCACCCUCUUCACCAAUGGUGCCAUGAUUGAAAUGUCUAACAAGCCCUUCCAAGGCAUGGAGCUGGAACGGGGGGAGGUGGAGUAUAGUGGCAAUGUCAGACUGUCCUCAGCGAGUGGAGAUGUCCAAACUGUCUAUUCUAGUGGACAAGAAUAUGAAUGGAGCCCAGCAACUGGUGACACACCACAGGUGAACUCCAGUGAUGAUCCCUUAGCUCUUCUAUCAGCUCAAGGAUCAUCAGGGCUGUACAGUGAUGUUGCAGUGCCUGUGCAUUAUUCAGAAUCUGAGGAGAUCAUCAGUAAACAUGAUGCCAUUUCUUCUGCACCUUUACUUCACAAACCUGCCAUCACUUCACAAACCCCUUCUGUCAACGAAGGCUCUGUUGUGAAAGCUUCAGUCAACCCAUGUGAUCCAAACCCCUGUGGUGCCGGAUCGUGUUCAGUGCAGGAUGGUGUGGGCCUUUGUCAUUGCCCACCUUGGAUGCAAGGAGAAGAGUGCCAGUUUGAGGUUGAUGUUUGCCAUUCACACCCUUGUGCCAAUGGAGCCACCUGUGUGGAGGUGGAGGACACUUUCAAAUGCUUAUGUCUGCCCAGCUACAAAGGAAACCGCUGUGAGAUUGAUGUACACAGCUGUGAAACGGGCUGGACUAAGUUUCAGGGCAACUGUUAUUUGCACAUGUCGGAGAGAUUGACCUGGGUGGAUGCUGAGCAGCACUGUCGAGACUUAAAUGCUCACCUGGUUAGCAUUACCACUCCAGAGGAGCAAUCCUUCUUCAACUCAUAUGCACAAGACUAUCAGUGGAUUGGAUUGAAUGAUAAAACAGUGGAAAAUGACUUCCGCUGGUCAGAUGGGACCCCGCUGCAAUAUGAGAACUGGAGGCCUUACCAGCCUGACAAUUAUUUCAAAUCUGGUGAAGACUGUGUUGUAAUGAUCUGGCAUGAAAAUGGCCAAUGGAAUGACGUGCCUUGCAACUACCUCCUACCUUUCACAUGUAAAACAGGACCAGUAUCAUGUGACCAACCUCCUAAAGUGGAGAAUGCCAGGAUGUUUGGAAACAAGAAAGAACGUUACCAAGUCAAUUCCAUUAUCAGAUACCAGUGUAACGAAAACUUCACACAGCGCCACCCACCUGUGAUCCGCUGUAUGGCAGAUGGACAGUGGCAGAAGCCACAAGUGGAAUGCAUAGCCAAGAUCAACACAAGGCCGCCAAAGAAAUCCACAGCUCAUCACUCACAUAAAGCUAAUAGCACAACAUUGGAGAAGCGUCUUUAAGAAGAUUUGAUAGAGAUGAGGAUUUGUUUUUUUUAAACAGUUCAGGUUUUAGAUUUAUUUUCCAAGCACCUGAGUUAUCAAGCAUAUAUACCUGAUUAAAAAGUGUAAGUGCCUAUUUUGUAUAUAUUGCUGCCCCCUAACAUAUUAGGUCACUAUAUUUUAAAUUUCAGUUCUUGGCCUUUAGCCAUGAUGCAGUACAACUCACUAUCUCAUCACUGCAACAAAAGAUGAGACCAAUAGAUCAAAGACCACCAGCAUUCUUAAAGAUGUCUGUACAUAUUUUCUGAAGGCUUUUCUUUUGGACUGGCUAGUGUUAUAUGGUGAAACAGCACCGAGGUGCCCAGACCUUUCUCUAUGAAGGCCUUUUUGUCAGUGCCAGUAAGCAAAAUUUUAUGGAUGAUAACGGAGGUCAUGAAAUGUGAAGCAUUGUUUUUAUCUAUAGUUUCUGGAGAGGAGUUAGAACCUAGAAAACUCUAUAGCCAUAAAAGAUGUUUACAAAAAUAAAUUAUUUAACCAGGCAGAUGAAAAAAACAAACAAACAACUUGCACAAGGAUGUCAUUAAUUUAUGUCUGAGUAGGACAUCAUAAUGUGAAAUGAGAUCUAUUUAUUGAUUUCUCACAACACAGCACAAAGUACAUCCAUCUUUGACUGGGCAUGCCCAUCUUUUUUCAUGUUUAAUCACAAAAGCCAUAUACUGUAUAUUUUAAACAGCAUUAGAUCUAGGUAUCCAAAUCCAGUCAGAUUAUGAAUGUAAUCCAACCAUUGAAAUGUACUUGUAUGUUACAUAGUAUCUGUGUUUUCCCAAGACUGUGCAGGGCAUAGUCUACACUACAUGGGGACACGAAUGACCCUGGAUCAGAUAACAGCUAUUAUUUUCUAAUAAGCUUAAUAAGCGUUCUUAGUUCAGAUAGAACUAUUAAUGACAAGUGCCUUGUAAAUAUUUUGUUUUUUGCCUGUUUCUGUUCUGAAACCUCUUGGCGCUUUUGUCUUCUUGAAAAGUACAAGAGGCUGUGCCUCUUUCAUCCUAAUGUCAGAAUACAUUUUUUUUUUUAAGGACUAUAGCUUUAUUUUUUAUCUGACGAUGACGAUUGCAGUAUACACUGCAGAAGAACAUGCACAAAAUUUUCCUUAUCAAGCAAAUAGAAAUCUUAGAAAGAAAUAGAGACUUGUGGCAUAGAAGUCCCACCUUUUUUCAUGUACUGUUGAAGGUGACGUGUUAUCCUUCGUGCCAUACAUGACUAUGCCUUUAAGACUUCCUAAAUGCUGACAGUGCCGUCUUGAGGUCAUAUUGAGGGGGAUCUGGAGUUUUUGGAUGAGUGACAAAGUGAACCCAUAAGAAAAUAAAUGAAGACCUGUUGUUGUCUUCUAAGCUGUUUUCACUUCUGUGAAACAGUGUAAAUUUAGCCAAAAAAUGUCUUCAGGCAAACUUUGUGUUUGAAUAAUUGUAUUAAAGCAAAUGCAACAACUUUCCCAAUAAACAAUUAAAUACAUAAUUUUUAACAGGUCUAAUUUGUGUGUUGGCCAGUCUAGUGUCACACAGACCAAGAUUCAAGAGCAACAUUUGUAAUAGCUGUACAGAGCACUUGUAUUGCAGUAUACAGGUAAUGGAUGGAAAGAAACGGUUUUAACCUCACACAGCCCAGUCUAGAAAUGUAUUUUGAAUUAGUACUGAGUAAAUAACAUUCCUUUAAAAAAUUACAGAUGAUAAUGUUUGCUUAAUUGGGUGGAGUCGAAAGAAUGAAUAGCCUUAUGACUGAAUGGACCCUUCACCUAUUUCUCCCCAAUUGCCUAGAGAGCCUGGUUGUGUAUAGCCAGGAAGCUCUUACCUACCGUAGAGCCCUCCUCUGGUCGAUUUAAAGCAUGACAUUAGCACUUUGGUGUGUAACUGUAGCUAACAAGUGUAAAAAAACUAAAAACAAACAAAUAAAUGACACUGCAAUUGAUACAAUAA